AGUCUUCUCGCUGGCUCUCAUGACGGCGGCAGCAUGGAAUGCUUUGCAGUGAACGUGCAAGAUCCGCAAGGAAUGCUAACAAAGGCUCUUCUUGUGUAUCCGGGAAUAUCCGGCAGGGACGUUCAACAGGCGUUGAGAGCUGCGUUUUCGCUCCCAGACAAGGUGGCGGGGCUCGUGGAUCCGUCUCUCGAUACAUAUUUUCCAGUCAGCUUCAUAUCCAGAGCCCCAAAGUAUUUUUCGGAGCGGGCCCCAUGCCGCAUUGUGCCUGUCCUCGGAGGUACUGCAAAGCAGGGGCGUGCCACGGGGAGUAAAGACAACAUGGAAGCAAGCGAGUCAGGCCGCAAGGAUACCUUGGAAAAUAUUCUCCAAGAAUUGUUUUCGGCAGACGCCGCAGCACCCAACACCACGGUGAACACAGGUUUGGCGGUGCUAAGAAGGAGAUUGAGACUCGUCGCGUUUCCCGCAGACAAAGUUUUGGAUGCUCUCUGUGCCACUGCAGCAAGUGAUGGGCAACUGACCAGGUCUGUGCCAGAUCGCUGAGAUUUCACCCGCAACUUCAUUAUAACUCCCGAUGUUCUGAUCUUGCUGGGAUAACCCAACUCUUCGGAAAGGGUUGCAAUCUCGUACGCUUACCUUGCUGCAUUUCUUUCAUUUUUCCGUGGACACGAAACCGCCCACGGAAAUAAUCGAUCCCUUCAGUCAUGCCAGGGAGCUCCAUCUUACAAUCGUAGCGACCUUUCGUCUCACCUGCCGGGCGUCCUCAGAGCCGAGUUCGAUGCCGACUUGAAGCACUUGGCGAAAA